AACCCAUCGGAUAGUUGUGUGCUUUCCAUAUGCCAACGGCUUUAAUGGCGCAAAGCAACCUCUAAAGUCUAAAUAAAUAAAAAAAUCCCCCAAUAUGAGAAUAGAGAAGCAAAACAAAAGGCAAUCUCAAUUUCACUCAUUUGACAAUUGAAAUCCGUGGUAUGGCCAAAUCCGUGUUGAAGUCAAAGCCACCAUUUUGCUCUUCCUUUCCCUUUUCCUUCAUCUCAUCUCUUCUGUUUUGAGCUUUCACCCUCUCUCAACCCACAUCGGAAAAAUUCUUCUUUGGUAAAAGGGGUUUGCUUGUUUCUCGUCCUCAGCAUACAAAGCUGCUCUCUUGUUGUUGAUAUGGGGGCUCAAGGCUGCUGGGCUAUGGUUAUUAUUCUUGGGUUGUUGUUGCAACCUCAGUUUCUCAGCUCUCAAAACCUGACAUGCAAUCAAAAGGACUGGACUGCUCUCCGGUAUUUCAUGGACAAUUUGACAAAAACACUUGAAGGUUGGACGACAAAUUCCUCUGCUGAUUGUUGUGAGUGGGAAGGCAUAACCUGUGAUCCUCCGUCUGCUGGUAGAGUAAUCAAGUUGGUACUGCCCAAUAAAAGGUUAUCAGGCAAAUUAUCUGAUUCUUUGUCUGGUUUGGAUCAGCUUAAAACUCUCAAUCUUUCCCACAAUUUCCUUAAAGAUUCAUUGCCACUUUCUUUGUUUCAUAUGCCGAAUUUAGAGCAACUUGACUUGAGCUAUAAUGACUUCUCUGGACUAAUCCCUGAAAGCAUCAAUCUGCCUUCAAUUCGAAGUCUUAACGUCUCUGCCAAUUCCUUGAAGGGUUCCCUUCCUUCCCAUAUAUGUGUUAACUCCUCCGGAAUUGGGUUCCUUAGUUUGGCAGUGAACUAUUUCUCUGGUAAUAUUUCACCAGGGCUUGGAAAAUGUUCUUCCUUGGAGGAACUGUAUCUUGGCACAAAUCAACUCACUGGUGUGGUGACUGAAGACAUCUUUCAGCUUCAAAAUUUGAGACGUCUGGGGCUUCAAGAUAACAACUUGGGUGGGAAACUUAGUCCUGGUAUUGCUAAUCUCUCUAAUCUUGUUCGUUUAGAUAUUUCUUCAAAUAAUUUUUCUGGAGAGAUCCCGGAUGUGUUUAGUGAGCUAAAGAGAUUUCAGUAUCUUAUAGCAAAUUCAAAUAACUUUAGUGGUGGAAUUCCCAGUUCACUGUCCAAUUCUCCAACCGUUAGUUUGCUGAAUUUGAGGAAUAAUUCAUUGGAGGGUUCUAUAUAUCUUAAUUGCUCUGCUAUGGUUACUUUGAAUUCUCUGGAUUUGGCUACCAAUAAGUUCACUGGGCCUGUGCCUGAUAAUCUUCCCUUAUGCAGACAAUUGCAAGAUGUCAACCUUGCCCGCAAUAAUUUCAGUGGCCAAAUCCCUGAGAGCUUCAAACAAUUCCAUAGCCUCUCUUAUCUUUCCCUCUCGAAUUCGAGCCUCCAUAAUCUUUCCUCUGCUCUUCAAAUUCUGCAGCAGUGUAGGAACCUAACUGCUUUGGUUCUCACCUUGAAUUUCCCUGUUGAAACAUUACCUGAUGAUCCUAAUCUGCACUUUGAAAAGUUGAAGGUUCUUGUUAUUGCAAGCUGUCAACUUAGAGGUUCAAUUCCCCAAUGGUUGAGCAAGAUUUCUUCAUUGCAGUUGUUGGAUUUGUCAUGGAACCAUCUGAAUGGAGCACUUCCACCAUGGUUGGGAAGCUAUAGGGAUCUGUUUUACUUGGACUUAUCGAACAAUUCGUUUACUGGAGAGAUCCCUAAGAGUUUAACUGAAUUACCGAGCCUCAUUCAUGGAAAUAUCUCACUGGAGGAACCUUCACCAGAUUUCCCUUUUUUCAUGAAAAGGAAUGAAAGUGCGAGGGGAUUGCAGUAUAAUCAAAUUUGGAGUUUUCCACCAACACUUGAACUUGGUCACAACUUUCUUAGUGGACCAGUUUGGCCUGAGUUCGGGAAUCUGAAAAAGCUUAUUGUUUUUGAUUUGAAAUUCAAUAAUCUCUCUGGACCGAUUCCGGAAAAUUUGUCUGAGAUGAGCAGCUUGGAGAUUCUGGAUCUAUCACAUAAUGACUUAACUGGGACCAUACCACCUUCACUGGAAAGUCUCAGUUUUCUGUCUAUCUUUAAUGUUGCCUACAAUCGACUUUAUGGGAAGAUUCCUUCUGGAGGUCAAUUUCAGACAUUCCCGAAUUCAAGCUUUGAAGGAAACAAUCUUUGUGGUGAUCAUCGGUUCAGUUGUCAAGAUAAUACAAGUGAACAUGUGUCUCCAAAAAGAUCAAGAAAGAACAAAGAUAUCAUCAUUGGAAUGGUUGUUGGAAUCAUAUUUGGGACAGCCCUUUUGAUUGGCCUUAUGUAUUUGUUUGUUCUGCGUACACAUAAACGCAACGAGGUCGAUCCCGAGAAAGAGGAGCCUGACACCAAUGAUAAAAAUUUAGAAGAACUCAGUUCAAGGCUAGUGGUGCUCUUCCAAAAUUGGGAAUCCUACAAGGAGCUUUGCAUUGAUGACCUUUUGGAAUCAACCAACAAUUUUGACCAAGCAAAUAUCAUCGGUUGUGGUGGUUUUGGUCUGGUUUAUAGAGGCACUCUCCCAGAUGGUCGUAAGGUUGCCAUUAAACGGCUUUCUGGUGAUUGUGGCCAGAUGGAUAGAGAAUUCCGUGCUGAAGUUGAAGCACUUUCAAGAGCUCAGCAUCCAAAUCUUGUCCAUCUACAAGGAUAUUGCAUGCAUAAAAAUGACAGGCUCUUAAUAUAUUCUUACAUGGAGAAUGGUAGCUUGGACUAUUGGUUGCAUGAGAAGGUUGAUGGACCAUCCUUGCUCAGUUGGGAAACAAGGCUGAAAAUCGCACAAGGGGCAGCUAGGGGUCUAGCUUAUUUGCACCAGUCAUGUGAACCUCAUAUUCUUCACAGAGAUAUAAAGUCAAGUAACAUUCUUUUAGAUGAGAAUUUUAAAGCUCACUUGGCCGAUUUUGGUCUCGCAAGGCUCAUACUUCCCUAUGAUACCCAUGUAACCACUGAUCUGGUAGGGACAUUAGGCUACAUUCCUCCUGAGUACGGACAAGCUUCAGUUGCAACCUAUAAAGGUGAUGUGUACAGUUUCGGGGUAGUGCUUUUGGAGCUUCUGACCGGGAAAAGGCCCAUGGAUAUGUGCAAGCCAAAAGGUACCCGGGAUUUGAUCUCUUGGGUGAUUCGCAUGAAGAUGGAAAACAAGGAGAGUGAGGUUUUUGACCCGUUUAUCUAUGGCAAGCAGCAUGAUAAGGAAAUGUUGCGGAUUCUUGAAAUCGCUUGCCUUUGUUUAAACGAAAGCCCUAAAAUUAGGCCUACAACGCAGCAGCUAGUUUAUUGGCUUGACAAAGUGACAUCGUUAUCUAGUGUUUGAACGCAACUACAUGAAACUCCGGUUGUACAGCUAGAAGCAGCAGCAGAAAAUUGGUAGUUUUUCAUAGUAAUGUCAUCCUGUUGUAAAUAUUACUCCAGAUAUGUGGUGUAUCGGAUUCUGCUGCUCUCCAACAUGGAGAACUCUUACAGAAAGCAACAAGCAUUUUUAUGAUUCACUUUGUAAGUUUUCACAAUCGAACAACAAAAUGUUUGUUUCCAAACGUGUAAAAUACAUAUAAUUCUUUUGUAUGUAAUGGUGAUACGAAAUGUGAAGAUUUUUUUUCCAUUGAA